AUGAGUAUACAGACCUUGACGCAAAAUGAGGUAAUCGCCUACUCGCUUGGUAUUGUGGGGCUAGUGAUCUUCACGGGCAUCACCGCAGGUAUUCAGGUGGCUUUGUUUUCUAUGGAUCGCAUGUUCCUUCGCAUUCUGACAACAACGGGCUCACUACAGGAACAGCGGCGGGCGAAGCGCCUACUGGAACUCCUGCAGCUCGAGCACUGGACGCUGGUGGCUUUGCUCCUGUCUAAUGCCUCGGCAAUGACGGGCGUGCCAAUUUUACUUGAGCGGAUUUUUGACCAGCUGACAGCGCUUCUUCUAUCCAUUACGGCUGUGCUCUUUAUUAGUGACAUUAUCCCUCUCUCUAUUUUCGUUCGCUGGUCAUUUCCGAUGUGUUCCUUCUUCGUCCCACUCGUCUGGCUGUUGGUGGUUCUCACCGCCCCGGUAAGUUACCCGGCGGGAAAGCUCCUGGAUUACAUCUUGGGGCACAAGGACUACCUCCUCGGACGCGACGAGCUGGAGGCUUUGCUUUUGGCCCAGCAGGGGGAAACGGCGUUUCUUCGAGAGUCGGAGGUCAACAUGCUCACAGGGGCCCUGCGGCUGUCAAGCCACAGAGUGCAGGAUUUCGUCGUGACGGCGUGUGACGAGGCGUUUAUGCUCUCGUCGCGGACGCGGCUGGACAAAAAGACGGUGGAGAGGAUUGUUGUCGCCGGCUACAGCCGCAUUCCUGUGUACCUGAACGACAACCGGCGGCACAUUCUCGGCGCCCUCAUUGUGCAGUCGCUCGUCAAGUUGUGCUUCACCAACCCGCAGAACCCGCCGCGAGCGGGGGAGUACCCCCUUUUGGAGAUCCUCCGCCUGCCGGCGAGCGCCACGCUGUACAACACCUACCUUGCCUUUCAUAAAAAUUCAUCCAACAUGGCCGUGGUGUACGACGAGGGCGGGGUGAUGGUUGGGCUAUGGACCCUCACCGACCUCCUCAACACUCUCUACAAACCCGGCCCGACGGCCCACGGAGACAACACGCGUCGGCAGGAGCUUAUGGUCGACCUGCUGGAAAGCAUGAGGGCUAUGAGUGCCACAAGGCGCAAGACGCAGACACUUGUGGAUGAGGAUAGGGUUGAAUCCGGAGGAAUUUCCCCGAGGUGA